AUGGGCUGCGGGUCCUCUAAGGCAGCGCAUGCAGAGGCGCCUCAAGUCAAAUCUGGCGAUGAACCAGAGGAAGUGAAGGAUGCCGAGGAGCCUCAAGUGAAGUCUAGUGAUCAAGCGGAGGAAGUGAAAGAACAACACAAAGGAGGGGAACAGCGGAUUGCCAGUCCUGUGAACGAGAGCCCAGCGGUGGAAGAGAAAGUCUACGUGCAAGCAGCUAUUUACGGCCCUCCUGGAUCGAACAAGUCGAAUCUUUGUGAGCAACUCGCAGCUUCGAUAGCACAAGGAGGUCUAGGUCUCCGGCACUUCACCAUGGGUGAGAUUCAAAGGAUGGCGAUCCGAGGGAAUACCGAACUCGGUCCGAAGGUGAAGCAAGCCAUGGCUGAGAAGUUCAAGAAAGACAAGGAUGCGAAAGACAAAAGCUUCAAGGGGCAGCCCUCCGGACCCUCUGAUGAGUUGAACGCGCAAAAGCCGGAGAACGGUUGGAUUCUUGACGGUUAUCCCACGACCAUGGAGCAAGUAAAGAGCCUGAAGGAACAGGGUAUUGAUAUCCAACAAGCGGUGAUCGUAGUAACACCUGACGCUGAACUCGUUCGGUUGAUGACUGGGAGGAGGAUGGAUCUCGAAGAAUCAAAGAUCUACCAUCUCGAAGGGAUUGGGGGUUAUGAAAAGCCUCCCGAGGAGGUUCGACAGAUGUCAAUCCCUUGCAUCGUGACGGUUGACUCGUGGGUUGAUCAGAUCAAAGAUAGAUUGGUCCAGCGCAAAGAUGACCAAGAGGAGAAAGUUCUGGAGAAAUUAAACGAGUACCAUGCUGUGUUUGACCAGGUCGAGAACUUGUUUCCGCAAGUUUUCAAGGUUUUGCAGUCUCAGAAGACGGUCUCUCAGAAGGUUUAUGAAGAAACCUCAGAAGACAAGUGCGGUGAGGAACUGAGAGAGGCCAAGGACGGCAAGUCUGGCAAAGAUGCCAAGAGCAACGGCAACAACCAUGAAAAGAAAGUUGAGAUCAGGUCUGAGGGUGGCGAUGAAGCGCAGAACAAGAAAGACCCAACAAGAGGAGAAGAAGACAACAAUCCUGUAUGA